AUGAGCAAGAAAAAAGGGAAAACACCGCGACCAGCGGCAAAAAAAAUGACCGCCAGCGCCCCGAAAAUGGAGGCAUUCACCUUUGGUGAACCGGUGCCGGUACUCGACCGCCGUGACAUUCUGGAUUACGUCGAGUGCAUCAGUAACGGCAGAUGGUAUGAGCCACCGGUCAGCUUUACCGGUCUGGCAAAAAGCCUGCGUGCUGCCGUGCAUCACAGCUCACCGAUUUACGUCAAACGCAAUAUUCUGGCUUCAACGUUUAUCCCGCACCCGUGGCUGUCCCAGCAGGAUUUCAGCCGCUUUGUGCUGGAUUUUCUGGUGUUCGGUAAUGCGUUUCUGGAAAAGCGUUACAGCACCACCGGUAAGGUCAUCAGACUGGAAACCUCACCGGCAAAAUAUACCCGCCGUGGCGUGGAGGAGGAUGUUUACUGGUGGGUGCCGUCCUUCAACGAGCCGACAGCCUUCGCGCCCGGCUCCGUGUUUCACCUGCUGGAGCCGGAUAUUAAUCAGGAGCUGUACGGCCUGCCGGAAUAUCUCAGCGCCCUUAACUCUGCCUGGCUGAAUGAGUCAGCCACGCUGUUCCGCCGCAAGUAUUACGAAAACGGCGCUCAUGCCGGAUACAUCAUGUACGUUACCGAUGCCGUGCAGGAUCGCAACGAUAUCGAAAUGCUUCGCGAAAACAUGGUGAAGUCGAAAGGCCGCAACAACUUUAAAAACCUGUUUCUCUAUGCCCCGCAGGGGAAAGCUGACGGCAUUAAAAUUAUCCCGCUCAGUGAAGCAUCAGAGAAAAAUCAAUAUUAUUCAACAAACACAGUAAGAUGCCUGCUAUUGCUCUCCUGUUAUUAUCAAGCGGCAUCAAGUCCACCCCUGGAAUCGCCUUCCGAAGCAAUAUUUUCAGCUCAUUAA